GCCACACUUUUUCCAACUAAGUUUUGCUGCUUAAAAAUAAAAUGUAUUAAAAUGUCAGUUUUAUCAAAUCUUAUUGCUGUAUACUGUCAACACAUGUUUAACUAAAUGUUCAUGCUUUUACUAUUAGUUUAUACUUUUGUUUACAGUGAAAAAGGAGAAAUUAGGUUUCAUGACAUUGAAUUUAAAGAAGCAAGGAUCUCUUCGACCUUACGAACCCACCCAACAUAGGAUGAAGUGGUCGAAAGAGGUGUUGUAUUAUGCAGACAGACCUCAUUAUAUAACCUCUCUGUCUUAUUUGGAUGAUUUUCAAAAACAGACCAUCAAUCUUAUUCUUUGGAGGAACGCAGAUUCUCUAAUUGAUGAAAACGUUUUUUAGCAGAAAAUCUCUACCACACCACGGUUUAAACCACUAAAGACUCUUUAUUUUUAUUAAAUUUCUAUUGAUUUCCGAAAGUGUUAAAAAUUCUUAACUUGAGUCGACAAGAAAAAAAAUUAUCAAAAUGGGGCGGUGUAUCACUGUCGUUAAUGGUUACCAUCACAAAAUGUGAAAAAGGAAGUGAUUGAAUCAAAGAUAGCGACUGCUGAAAAGGUCAGCAUUAAUGCGUGAAAGUUAACUGACUGUGGAUUUUUUUUAGGUGGAAAAGAUGCCUACUUUAGAUAUCAUAAAAAAAGUCAGCAGUUCUACCUUGGUGGGUGGGGCUCUUUCUAACACCAAAAAAACUCAACAGUACUCAAGCUCAUCAAACAACAAUAAAAACAUGAUCCUCGGUGCAUUUAUAGGCGAGUCUGUUUCUUGUAAUGUGAGAACAUCACACAAUGACAGUCUUUGUUGUGGUAUUAAGUCAUUUCCAAUAUGUAUUCAAUCGCAUGUGCUCUGCUCAAAUAACAUAAAGCUAAAUGACUGUCAUACUGUUUUAUGUUUAAUGCGUUAUAAGAGUGUGGUAAGCCCUUUAUACUACCAGGCUCAACUGGAGAAGUCAUCUCUCAGUUUCAUCAAGAGAUAAUGCUCAGAAUUUGUCCUAGUGAGCCUUACAACAGGUGGGUCUUUUAAAACAAAGAUGCUUUUAUCUCAAAAAAGCAAGGAUAGUUUUAUGAAUUGUGGGUGUUCCAUUUAUUUUGACAUGUCUUUGACUUUUUUCAGAACAAAAAACAGUCCUCCUGAAAAGAACAGUAACAAAGACUUUGUUCUUGAGCAUGUCCCACUUUGCUUUGAUGAUGAGCUGGAGAGACAGAAUGUGAAAGUUCUCACAGCUAGACCUCCCACAGUUCACACUCUGCCGAUAGUCAGUGAGACCUACCCUGUGAUAUACAACACAUAUCAGUACCAGCACAAGCCCUUCAAAAGCCCAGGAUUACACUUUCUGGAAACACCAAAGCCCCUGCUCCAGAAUUGUUGUGUCCUAAACAAUAAAUCCCAUUCUGCGGUCAUAAGAAACACAGAUUCCAUGCAAGAUCCACGCAGCAAGAGAAUAGUCAUCUUGAGGCCACCUAGUGGAUCCCGGCACCGAAAAACACGAGUACAAAAAACACGGAGCGCACGUGUAGCCACAGGGCGGCGAAAGAGAGCGCCACUCUUUCACAUGCAAAUGAGAAUGUCGUCACAGUAUACGUAGCUUGGUAAACAUGGCGGAAGUUCAGAGGCGUCAACGUGGGGAGGAAGAAAGGCGCUGGUGCCCCGAAUGAAGCAAUGUGAGGAGGGGGAUGAAGAGGAGGGGAUGGCGGACCAGAGUCUAACGGCAUUUGUAAAGCUUUUGGCAGCAGCCUUUUACGGAAUCAGCUCUUUUCUCAUAGUGGUAGUGAAUAAAAGCGUCCUGACCAAUUACAGGUUCCCCUCAUCAAUAUGUGUUGGCAUUGGUCAGAUGCUGGCAACAGUGGUUGUGUUACGGGGGGGAAAGGCCCUCCGGGUGAUCACCUUCCCUGAGUUUGAUAGGAGCAUACCCAGGAAGACAUUUCCUCUACCUCUUCUUUAUGUAGGAAAUCAAAUAACGGGACUCUUUGGAACAAAAAGGCUUAACCUGCCAAUGUUUACAGUAUUGAGGAGGUUUUCUAUUUUAUUUACUAUGCUUGCAGAGGGGUUUUUGUUGAAGAAGACAUUCUCUCGACCAGUUCAGCUCACAGUAUUUACUAUGAUACUUGGGGCCUUUGUCGCAGCAAGUGCUGAUUUGGCCUUUGACCUCCAAGGGUACGUGUUCAUCUUAAUGAACGAUGUCUUAACUGCUGCCAAUGGGGCGUUUGUGAAACAGAAACUUGACUCCAAGGAGCUGGGCAAGUAUGGCCUACUCUAUUACAAUGCUUUAUUUAUGAUUCUUCCAACUCUACUUUUGGCACAUGUCACUGGGGACAUUGAUAAGGCUUUUGAUUAUGAUGGUUGGUCCGACAAGCUAUUUAUAGUGCAAUUUAUCCUUUCUUGUAUAAUGGGGUUUGUUUUAAUGUACUCCACUGUACUUUGCACACAGUAUAAUUCUGCACUCACUACUACCAUUGUGGGCUGCCUAAAAAAUAUAUUAGUGACAUACAUUGGAAUGGUGUUCGGGGGGGAUUACAUUUUCUCAUGGGCAAACUUCAUUGGACUAAACAUCAGUAUUGCUGGCAGUCUGGUGUACUCGUACAUUACCUUCACAGAGGAGCAGACCACCAAACAGAGCGAAAACGCUAACAAACUGGAGGUCAAAGGGAAAGUGGCUGUAUGACCGGUGCUUGGACACUUUCAUCACGCACAAAACUGGGUCGUUGAGCUUUAAGGGGUAGCCAGGGAACUCAAGUCUGACAGAUCUUUUUGUGACAUGAAGAUGUUGACUGUGCAGAACAUCUUUUUAAAGGAAACAUACAGCAGGAACAGACUGAAAUUGGUUUUCACUCCUAUGAAGGAAUUGUGCCGUCUUUGUUUGAAUGUUUGUGGGACUAGUUUAUGUCCUAAAACAAACCGCUUGUCUAAGAUUUGAGCUGCUGUUGAACUUGACACAAAUUGGGAAUAAUGAUGGUCAUCAGUGUUGAAACAAGUGUUGUAUUAUCUAUUGAAGAGUGCUUUUAGAUAUUUAGUUCAGCUACUAUUUAUUUUUAUGGGAGUUUUUAGAUUUUAGUACAUUUUUAUGUUUUUUAGUUUAAAAAGGUACUUUUAUUUGUUAUGAUGUUUAAAUGGUUUUGCAAUAGUUAAGUGUUUUCUUCAUAAGUUUCAAGAAUGUUACUUUUUUGUGUCCACAGUUUUAUGAAAUUGGACAUUUUAUUGGUAUACGAGAGGUUUGCAGUAACUCCAUUUGUCUUGUACUGAUGGAAUCAUGGUUUGUGUAAUGUAAAAAAACAAAUGGUGUAGUAAUCGCACUUUAACGGUAUACUUAUUUUAUCAGUUUUGUCACAUUUGAUAUUUGUUAGUAAUUAUAAUACAAGGUACAAGGACUGUAUUUAGUAUUUUGAUCUGUCUUUGUCAAAUGUGGCUGUAUUCGGAAUAAAUCUGAAAAAGAAUGUACAGGAUAUUUAAGUAUGAAGUUUGUAUUUUUUUACCAGUUCAAAAUGCCAGUCUAAUAAUGACAUCACAGGUUUAUUCUCAGUUUUUGCGUGUUAUACAUCUGGAAAAAGAUGUAUUCUGAGAUUAUGAAAUGAUAACCUCUAUUCACAAUAAUUAAUGGCAAUUUUAGAACAUAUACUGUUGCCUAAAAAGAUUGUCAUUUUAUCGAAAGGCUUUAUGGUACUGAUGCUGUUCAAAGACCUACUGUUAUUGCAAACGCUUGUAAUGUGAUCAUUUGUUUAGAAUGUCUUGUAUUUGAUUUCAGUUCAGUUUAGUUUAAUAAAAAACACAUUUUGUUAUUCAUUUCAAUAAAAUGCUCAGUGAUGAGAAACAAGUGUUUUUAACUUAUACCUCAACUCCAUAUAUGUCCAUUUUAUUUUCUGAUUCAUCUAUUAACCACAAUAAAUAAACAGUCAUCUUUUUUCA